CGCGCCUGUCGGGAGUUGCGCGCGCACCUCGCAGCCGACUUCCCCGCAGCAGACGACACAACGUCACGGCGCCAGACGCACUGACAGACGCCAAGGAGUCACAAACCGUUUUUACCUGCCUGCAGCUUCACGGAUAUCGGCUUUGGUCGAGUGUUUGCAUCCAGAGUUUUCCAUUCUUGUCACCAACUCAACAAGUGAAAGAAACGGGUGACGUCAAAAGGAGCUACACCUGUCAGGUAACACCUCGUGACGAUAAGAAGGUGAAGCCAUGGCAACCAGAAUUCCCAUCAGCAAGGAGAGCUUCGGAUUUGAAGACCGGCAGAAGAAAAUAUGGGAAGAGAUGGAGUCGGAGAUGGACCGUAGAAGGCGUGAGUGGGAAGAGGAGAUCGAGAAGAUGAGGAAGGAGUUCUUCAUGCUGCGACCAGAGAGCGACGACAGCAGGACUGCAGCGCUGGCAGAAGGCGGCCCCGGCUCACCUCUGGGGCUGUGUGGCGAGCGGCUAGUUCGUAGUCGUCUGCUGGACAACUCCGCCAACGACGAGUGCAGGGGAGCGGUGGUCAAAGACGAACAGGGCAACCCAGUCUUUAAGGUGUUGUUUGAUGUACACGACUACAGGCCUGAGGAGGUGACGGUCAAGAUGGACGCCAACAAGAUUCUGGUCAACGCUAAGCACGAGGAGAUAGUGAGUGGCUCGUCUGUGAGUCGCGAGUACAGCCGCACUGUCAACCUGCCCGAAGAAGUUGACCCCAUGACCUUGCAGUGCACCAUGGGACCAGAUGGCAUUCUCUCAGUGGAAGCACCGCUGCCGGUGCCAAAGUACUCCGCCGUCAAGGAUUCAACAGCUCUGCCGGUAAAGGUCGCCGCCUCCGACUCUCCUUCCCAGCCAUCAGCCUUCCCCUCGGCUCUCAGGGGCGCUGGCCAUCCACCGACUGAUCCAGCUCACAAACCCGUGGUAACAUUUUUGCAGAACUCUGGUGCAAGCCCUUCCCCAUCACUGUCUGCACAGCAAGCCACACCGGCGUCUUCCUUCCAGACCAGCUCCGCGCGCGACGUGUCGGGAGGCGUGCCAGGCUAUUCUAAGGUCACUCCACCUUUUCAAGCUUUCUCCUCCCCGCCCAGCUACAGCCCCCGGCUGCCAAAGGCUCGCCGGUGGUCGGUGGACAAGGACGGCAGGUUCAAACUGGAGGUGGAGAUCGAGGAUUUCCGGCCGGAGGAGCUGACGGUCAAGACGCAGGACCAGCGCGUGGUGGUGUGUGCGCGGCGCGAGGAGAAGAGCGGCAACCGCACGAGCUGUCGCGAGCUGAGUCGAGAAUACACGCUGCCCGACACCGUGGACCCGCUGACCAUCAAGGCCUUCUUCACAGACGGCGGCAAGCUCAUCGUGGAGGCUCCCUACAAGGAUGGCUCCCACGUCACGGGCAGAUAAUCCGGACAGUGCUGCCCUCAAGCCCAGAGUAGCGGAACGUGGGUCAGUAGGCUUUGUCGGCAUCAGCAGGUAGCAGGUGUGCAUACAGGCGAUUCUCGUGACCCCACACCUGUGGGUCAAGGACGUUGCACCAUGGCGAGAAGGGCAAAGGAUUCACUAACUUACCUAGCUCCGCCCAUCAUGUGAGCUCAGUUCAUACGCUGAUGUACGAUUAUCUUCCUGUAUAUGAUUUUUUAAUGAUAUUAAUUCACAUAACCUAAAGUAUUUUUGUUUCCCAAGCUGACUCAUCAAACCACAAAUGUGGCAAGUCGCUCGCUUGCAGUGUGCAGUCUGCUUUACACUUUGGCUGUUGACAUUUUGUAGAACUGUAGUAGCUGUAGCUUGUCACCUGUCAGCUUUCAGCCUGUAUCGUAAUUUAUUUGUUUUUAGCAGCAAACAUCGUGUCUGGCGUCUCCUGAAUGUAGAGGAAGUGUGUAUGUGUGUGUGUGUAAGUGUGUAUGUGUGUAUGUGUGUAUGUAUGUGUGUGUGUGUGUGUGUGUGUAUGUGUGUGUGUAUGUGUGUGUGUGUGUAUGUGUGUAUGUGUGUGUAGUCCUACACAGUUUGUGUGGUGUGGACAGAACUACACACGCUGUAUUCAGAUUGGACAAUGUUUCACAUCCCAAGGCUUGUCAGAUGGAAUUGCAGGGUUAGGCGGUGUGGAGUUGUCGCUGUCGCUGUUCUCACCUGGGAUCAGCAGCUGACGUCACUGUACACAGCAGCUGACGUCACUGUACACAGCAGCUGACGUCACUGUACACCAGCUGAGUGCCAACACCAGGUAGUCUGCUGACAGCGGUAGUUUAUAAACCAACUUGCGUCUGUUUGUCCAAGUGUAGCAAAGGUUUCACGUGAUGGUAGUCAAACAUUAGUCAUUGUCAGUCUCAGUUAAUAAUUAGUUUGCUGCUUGCCGUCUAGACGGCGCUGCUGGUGGUCUCCGGCUCCAUGUAGCUACUUGACAGCACUCCUAGUAGCUCUGCUCCUGUUAACAGUACUCGUUACAGUACUCCUGUGCUACUUGACAGCACUCCUAGUAGCUCUGCUCCUGUUAACACAGCUACUUGCAGUACUCCUGCUAUCGAGCAAUGCCUGGUCAUCUUCACUGCUUAUUGGCAUUGUGAAUAGAACACUGCGCUGCACGCUUAGUGUAUGUAUGUGUGUUUGUAUGUGUGUUUCCAUCCGUUAAAGCACAAACAUUUUGCCAGCAGGCUUCCCGUCAACUUCAUGCUCAGCCCACAACAGAAAUUGUCAUUUUCUUCAGGACGCCUUUCUUUCUCUCUCUUUAUCUCAAAUAAAUACAUCAAAGCGAAAUAACCAAGCAGUGGCUUAUUCAACACAAGGAUUGCAGCAGAUACCAGUAAACUGCGAGGCUUCACCAAAAGGUGGCAGACCCUGAACACACACACACAAACAACAACAAAACUAUUAUCUCCCCUAGCGAUAUAAACAAUAAUAUGAGUUCAGCACAAAUGCCAAGGCGAGGGCGGAGAAUAAAUUUGAGAUGAAACAUCACCGUGUGAACCUGAUUCGACAGACUACGAGAACAUUUAAUAUUUGUAAUCUUUGAAAUAUUCAAAUAAAAGGUCACAUUUCAAGUGCCAUGCAUCAUCAGCUAACGAUGCCCUAGCCCUCGUCAGAUCAUAGUAAUACUGUUCACAGGCUCGCGUGGUAUCACCAUAGGAACAUAGGAACAUAGGAACAUAGGAGCAGUGGUCAACGGCGGACCAACGUUUCAUCAAGAUUAACAGAGCUGGAACCUUCUUUCUUUCACUGCGAGGUCUUCGCCCAUCCUACAAACAACAACACACAGCUGACUGCGGUCACGUGCCGAAAGUCCAGUUCACCGGUAAGGGAGGUAAUCCACGCUGGGGCGGAUAACGCAUCAACACUUAUUCGCAAUACAGGAAACGUGGCGACCUCCCACAAAGACGCAGGUGGGAAGUCAAGACAUAUUUCACUCUGUGGUGUCCGGCCACGUACAGGCCGAGUGUACUUGUAACUGUUUUGUUUGAAGCAAAGAUGGACUGACAUGGCUGAUUGUUGUCUGAUGCCCCUCGUCAACUCACGAGGUCAAGGGUUAAGCCAAGAAUGGCGGGCGCCUGUUGUAAAUAACCUUGUCUUCAGUCUUUAUGCGCGGAUAUUUUAUUGUCCUUUAAUUCCUCCUUAUUUGUCUCCUACCAUUUACUUCCACGCAUGCUGUCAUCUCCUCCGGGGGAAGUGUGGGUGGCGUGGACGAGUCACGUGGUAUCAGCGCAGGCCUGGGGCCGGGUGCCCGCCGUUAGACGGCAGUUGAGGGAAGGGGGUUGUAGCAGCAGACAGCUAAGCUGCUGUUACUGUAGGAUCUGAUGCUGCCUCCAGUGUACACCCGGCCCCUAGGAGCCUCUGAUGUUGAUAUGCAGGGUAGCUGGCCCCUUGGUGUGCCGUGAGGCAUGCGCUGCCUGGUGCUCCACGGGUGAGGGCUGCACGAGCUACCCCGCCUCUCCGGCCAUCCUAGAAGAUUCUUCUGUUUCAUCCAUUGACUGCUGCGGAUGUUUUGUGGACCUCAGCAUGGCGGACCUGUUUAUGAUUAUGGGGAUUAUAUGCGGGAGGAUGGACCUAGCACAUAAUACGGCAUUUCGCAGUGUCCUCAGGUUUGGUGUGAGCAUAAAUCUCACUCGCCAUCCGGCAGUGGCGACGUUUGGUGCCGACAUGAAUAUUUCAUGAGCUCGUGCGUGGCGCCCCUCGUCAACAGACUGGCAACGCUCGGCACACAUACAGGGUGAGUACCGGACUGAUUCCCGGGCUGACUGAUGCCGGAGAAUGUUUAUGGAAGAUCGAACAUGUUUGUAGGAUGACCAGGUGUUGCUAAUGGCGACCUCGCGCACACCACACAAAGUCAAAAUGGCGGCUGGGGAGGAGGCGAGCCAGUGGACACAUGGCUGGUAACUGGCAGCAGGCGGGCCACCUUUUCUUGUUGUUGUGCUUGUUUACAUGCUAGCUGCUAACAAACAGAUGUUUACAAAGAAAUUUAAUCCGCUAGGUGAGCUUUUUCCAAACGUUGGAGAUGAUUGCAUUUCCGCCAUAAUACUGUUUACAAUCGACCAUUUAUUUUGUGUCCUGCUGGGUGUUAUCUGAAAGCGAUCGUAAAUAAAGUAAAAGAAGUUCCUACA